GACCGGAAAUCUUUGAAUGAUACGAGCUUAUAAAGUCGGUUACGCAUUCAAUUUGAAAAUGUCUUGCAUGAGUUUUUUCAGUCGUGCUGUUCGUUUUCUUUGUUGUGGCUUUGUGCCUUCUACACAGGAAGAGCUUACGGACCUCAGCUCUGAGCCGAUGCCUCUCAUCGUGACUCGAAGAGAGAUCCAGGAUGAGGAUGAGGAGCCCACUCCUUCCAUGGCUGCGGAGUGGAUGACGGAUGAUGAGCCAGUAGAGGUUGUGUCCUUGGUGCAGCCGGUGCCAAGUUGUGAGGGGAUGGUAUUUUCUUUUUCUAAUCCUACGGUUGAGACCUCUUCUCCGGUGGCUGUUGAGGUCGAGUCGCAGGAUGUUGGUCAGGCUGUGGUGGAGGAGACAUGCCCCGUUUUCCCGUCUGUGAGUGAGCCACAGCCCAUAGAAAACGCUCUACCUAGAACCACAGACCAGCUCUUGAUUGUGCAAGAGCAGCCAGUUCCCGUGUUUGUUGCGGAGUUGCUCCCAACACUGACCGUUAGUUUCCUUGGCCCAUAUAAGGAACUAGUUGGUGCGGACGAGGAAGGAACUGGGAACUCUGGCAGGUAUGAAGGUGUAGGUGAGACAUUUUCUUCUUCUUAUCCUACGGUUGAGACCUCUUCUCCGGUGGCUGUUGAGGUCGAGUCGCAGGAUGUUGGUCAGGCUGUGGUGGAGGAGACAUGCCCCGUUUUCCCGUCUGUGAGUGAGCCACAGCCCAUAGAGAACGCUCUACCUAGAACCACAGACCAGCUCUUGAUGGUGCAAGAGCAGCCAGGUCCCGUGUUCGUUGCGGAGCUGCUCCCAACACUGACCGUUAGUUUCCUUGGCCCAUAUAAGGAACUAGUUGGUGCGGACGAGGAAGGAACUGGGGACUCUGGCAGGUAUGAAGGUGUAGGUGAGACAUUUUCUUCUUAUCCUACGGUUGAGACUUCUUCCCCGGUGGCUGUUGAGGUCGAGUCGCAGGAUAUUGGUCAGGCUGUGGUGGAGGAGACAUGCCCUGUUUUCCCGUCUGUGAGUGAGCCACAGCCCAUAGAGAACGCUCUACCUAGAACCACAGACCAGCUCUUGAUGGUACAAGAGCAGCCAAGUCCCGUGUUUGUUCUGGAGUUGCUCCCAACGUUGACUUUCAGCUUCCUUGGCCCAUAUAAGGAGCAAGUUGAUGUUGAGGAGCAGGGAUACAGGGACUCUGGCAGGUAUACAGGUAAAACUGAUUUGGAGCAGGAUGAUGGUAAGAGUUGUGUUGGGUAUGAAGGUACAGCUACAGCAGAGGAUGACCAGGUUGUUUGGGAUCGAACCACUAUCUCGGAGCUGGUUGAUGUAGGAGACGACAGCAGAUUGGACACUACGUACGUGAUAGAGUCGACAAACGAGGACUCUGUGGAGGAGAGUCUGAACACCACGUACACGUUAGUGUCGUUGGAGGACAGAUUAGAUAGGACGUUCACUGUUGACACUUGGGAGUGUUUGAACAGAACGUUCAUUAGUAACGAGUAUACUGUGUAUUUCUCAACAGAUGGUGAUGAACCUCCAGUGUUUCCACCAGUUGUUGAUGAGGUCUCUGACUUUGAUGAUUUGCUUAAGUGGUAUCUUAGGGAAUGGAACGGUGAUGUGCUCAGAAUGUAUCCGUCAAGAACAAGACAAAGAAGGGUUAUGUGUUAAGAUACUGAUUUACUCUUCAAACUUGGUAUGCCAGAUAUGUAUACUCGGAUCAAAGGUGUCAUAACUUUUUAAUUGAUAUUUCAAGGUUAAUUAGGAACUCUAAUAUACAAAUAUGUUCUACGUUCUACUCUUCCUCCACAAACCUAGACAUGACUAUAUCUAGAUGACCAGGGUAGAAUCACUAACCUGCUAUAAGCCAACUGGAUGUCUUCCUCAUAUAUCUUUAAAGUUCAUCAUUCAAAUAUCAUUAUUCUUCCAAUCACAUUUAUCCAUUCUCUCAUUAUUUUUGCUUUCAAAUUACUGUUAGGAAUAAAAUCAGAAAUUAGUAAGUACAUUAUUUGUUUCUUUCAUUAAAUUUUUGAAUUUCCAAUAUUUAAAAUUUUGGGGUUUUUGUUGGGUUGAUUCAAUGCCUUUUCCUUUGUUAUUAUCUAUUAAUUGGAUGUAUGCCCCCCACAUGCAUUGUUUAAUAGAUAAUUUCUGACUGUGAGUCACCCAUCAUUAAUCCAUUCUAUUAUUUUUGAACUGCUUUAGCAUUAGGACUAAGUUUCAGAAAUUAAGUACAUUCAUGUUUAUCUUUAAAUUUUUGGUAUGUUUGAAUUAAUAAUUUUUAUAGGCAAGGCGCAGAAAUUAGUAAGUACAUUUGUUUCUAUCUUUAAAUUUUUGAAUUUCCAGUAUUAUUUAAAAUUUUUGGGUUUUUGUUGGGUUGAUUCGAUGCCUUUUCCUUUGUUAUUAUCUAUUAAUUGGAUGUAUGCCCCCACAUGCAUUGUUUAAUAGAUAAUUUCUGACUGUGAGUCACCCAUCAUUAAUCCAUUCUAUUAUUUUUGAACUGCUAGAGCAUUAGGACUAAGUUUCAGAAAUUAAUUAAGUACAUUCAUGUUUAUCUUUAAAUUUUUGGUAUGUUUGAAUUAAUAAUUUUUAUAGGCAAGACUCAGAAAUUAAUAAGUACAUUUGUUUCUAUCAUUAAAUUUUUGAAUUUCCAGUAUUAUUUAAAAUUUUUGGGUUUUUGUUGGGUUGAUUCGAUGCCUUUUCCUUUGUUAUUAUCUAUUAAUUGGAUGUAUGCCCCCACAUGCAUUGUUUAAUAGAUAAUUUCUGACUGUGAGUCACCCAUCAUUAAUCCAUUCUAUUAUUUUUGAACUGCUAGGGCAUUAGGACUAAGUUUCAGAAAUAAAGUACAUUCAUGUUUAUCUUUAAAUU